AUGUCCUCGUCGUACCAGUUUCCCCAGGCAAAUAAAAGCGCCUACGACACAGAUGGCGCUGAAGGGUAUCUCGAGCCAGUGCGGAUCAGCUCGGCAACGCCUGCGCCGCACCAGCCCUCCGUCGACAUCACGGCUAUGGGGGAACCCGAAUACCGACCGUAUGCAGGCUCCUACAGCGCAGCGCCAGCGGGAAAUGUGCAGAACGAUCAAGAAAAGAGCCGCGCAACUAGCAAAGACCACAAGCGGUCGAUGUCAAAGGGCAACGAGUUUGCCGAUGAUGGCGACAUGUUGGGAAUAGCCGAGAUGUCGCAUCUUAGGGCAUGUCGUCUAUGCACAUACUUGAUGAUCCGGAUUCUCCAGAUUGUGCUGGCAAUCGCAUGUCUCGGGCUCAUGGCCAACUCGCGCACUAAGGCCGGAAGUGACCUGGGUGGCAUUGUGCCUAACACGACGAUUGUGUUUUACGUGGUAGGCGGUGUCACAGCGGUGGUGGCAGCAGUGUCGAUUGCGCUGAAUCUGUUCAGGAGGACACGGGUGUAUAUCCGCACGUCGCGGCUCGAAUGGUCGUCGCUGGUGCUCAACUCGCUGAUAUUUGCAAUGUGGAUGAUCUUGGUGCUGAUUGACGUCGUCGCUGUCGACUGCUCAACCAAGGACGGUGGGUCGUGGUGCAAAAAAAUGAAGGUUGGGCUGGCCAUGGCACUGAUAUCCGCCAUGCUAAUUUCAUAA